AAAAUAUUUAAAAUUCCUAGUUCUGUCAUGUUUGGCCGCUUAAUGCCGCUUAUUUGAUAACACAUUUGAAGUAACUCUCCAGUAACUCUCCGGCUAUCGAACCAUACCCGUCGCAAGCGCAAACAUCCGGCGCUGCUUAUUUGCACGCGAUCUUUCAACAGUGCAACGUGUGUACCUUCCAGACCCAAAAAAAACCGUUAACUUCCAAACAGCGACAACCGAAAAACGAAAGAAAGCUCUCAGAAUUCCGAAGAAAGUCGCUGUGAAUUUGUCACCAGCCGUGUGCCAUUAGCCGUCCCGGGGCUCGCAUGUUUGAUGCAAACGGUCGAUAGGGCUACCGGGUUGAAGUUGUAUUGAAACUGUUUCCGUGUAGUGGUAUCUAAUCUUAUCUCUCCCCAGUACAUCGGAACGCAAGCCGGCUGGGGCCCGGACCGGAUAACGAAUGGUCUGAAUUUCAGUUCAUCACCGGUAGCCCACCGCAGAGGAGUGCUUCAAGAGUGGCCGUGGUUUCGUGUGCUUGUUUCUGAAAGUUGAAAGUGCAACAUAAAAGGAAGCUUGCAAAAUGUUCAAAUACAUCGCAGCUGUGGCAUUAGUGCUGGCUAUCAGUGCCGGAAAUGCGUCCGCAUUCUGGUGUUUCACAUGCACCACCUUCAACAGUACCAACUGUCUGGUUCCGGACCAGAACGUCCUGCUUUCGGAAUGUCCUCCCUCGCCGGACGUGACUGCCGUCACCUGCUACACGCGUAUUGUGGGUCAAGAAGUGGAGCGUGGAUGUGCAACCACUCUGGCCCCGGCCGAGCGUGAUAACUGUGCGCUCCUGAACAACUGCCAACUCUGCUCGAAUGACAACGGCACUGCCUGCAACGGAAAUCUGUUCCCGCACGGACGUCUGCACUGCCACCAGUGCGAAGGAAUCACCAACAGCACCUGUGGGGAAGAGAUCCAAACGGAGCCGACGCCCUGUCUGCGCUUUGUGGUCGACGAUCAGUGCGUUGUGCGGGUGCGGGAAAAUAACGUUCAGCGCGGCUGCCUGUCCGAACACGAGUCCUGCCUGAACAGUCGCGACUGUCAUGUGUGCGCCGGCAAUGGAUGCAACUUCCGGCAUUUCGAAUACAACGCGGCCGGCAGUGUGGUCGCCCAGAUGUCACUGCUCGUUGGAGCCAUCCUGCUGAGUGCCUUCGUUACCAAUAGUAUGUAAGAAAUGCGGUACACACGCCGUUUGCGUACGUUUCGAAACAUGUUGUGUAGUUUGUAGCACACGGAGAGAGGGAGAGAGUUUGUAGCGAAAGCACAGCAACUAUAAGUAUUCACUUGGUGACAAUUUGAAUAAAGAUAUGCUAAGAAUAAAAAAAA